CGUUAGUCAGUGAAAAUGUUUAGUGGCAACUGGAUAUUUGUGGCGAGUGGCCUAAUCCUGUUGAUGGGUAGCCCUGGUGCGAGGGCCGAUCAUUUCCCUGCACCAUUGAAGCGCUGCCGUAUUGAGGAUGAGGCAUGCCAUGUGAAGCAGGCGCAGGCCUUUGUUGAUACCUUCAAGCAUGGCAUACCGGAGCGGAAUGUGGCACCCAUCGAGAUCAUAGAAUUGGGCACCUUGCGCAGUAAUAGCGGCGAUCCGGGCAGUUCGUUGCAGUUCAAUCUGGUCAUGUCUAAUACCACAUUGCAUAACUUUGCCGACACAUUGCGGUUCAAGUCAGUGACGGGCUUUACCAAGGACCUGACCAAGCCAAUGAAGCUCUCGUGGACCUUUAGCACAGAUUACUGCGAUGUGCAUGCCAACUAUGAUGUCAAUGGCAAGAUACUGCUGCUGUCCAUCGUUAGCCAGGGUGAAAUUACAGUCAAGCUGAAACAACUGCAGUGCAAGACACGCCUUACUGCCGUACCGGAGAAACGAGACGAUGGAAAUACCUAUCUCAAGAUCACCGACUUUAACACGGCUGUGAAAGUGGGCUCCGGUCACAUUGAUAUGACCAAUUUGUUCAAAGAUAAUGUCGAGCUGAGCGAGAGCACACUGCAGGUAGUCAACGAUGAGUAUGAUGUCAUAGCGAAGGAGGUGCAUCCCCAGAUAAUGAUAGCUACUGAUCGUGUUUUAAAGAAAGUCAUCCAAAAUUUGUGGGACACAAUACCAUAUGAGGAAUUCUUUGACAAUUAAAUAUGACUACUGCGUAAAUAUAGAUAAGUUUUAUACGAUGGGUCUUCUCUGAUCUAUUUUACGGUUAUGGUUGUUUAUAUGUUCUGUUAAGACUUCUGAAAUACAAUUAGUAUAAUGGCUAA